AUGGAUGAAGAUAGCUCUUCUUCAUCGAGCUCCUUACUGAAGCGAGAUGAGCAGUCAAAUCAUCUUAAACGUCAAUUACUUGGAAUUCCAGACGUUCCAGAUAUAAAAGCGGAAUUAACUGCAAACAAAGCACCAGGCUCGCCUCCGACUGGAGCAGGGCCAUCACCAUCGCCUCCGACUGGAACAGGGCCUUCGACAGGCACUGCACCUUCGUCUCCUUUGCCUGCCACUCCCUCGCCGACCCCUGUUCCGAAUACGAGUUCGAACACUCCGAUACCACCUGGUCCAACGUCUCAGCCUGCACCUGCCGCCACACCAGCACCCAACGGCCUGACACCUACGUCUCCUAACAACACUAAUUCUCCGCUCGCACCUUUUGGCCCCGCUAUCAAUGGCAAUGGCACAACUACUCCUACAAUAUCUCCAAACUCGUCUACUCCAAUUCCUGGGGGAAAUACUACCUCUCCAACCGCUUCCCAAAAUACAACUCAUCCGACCAAUACUACCACCUCUGAGCUGCCCACUAGCACAGGAAAUACUACAGCUCCUUUUUAUAAGCCACCGCCCAAGCGGAACAAGGAUAAUGGGAUCGCCACCACUACAGUGAAGACUAUGGUCUUGGUUUUUAUUUCCUUUGGACUAUCAUCAGAAAGUGGAAAUUCAAACCGAGUCGGAAAUUUGAACAAAGAUUGGAAGAUUAUGAUGAAAACCUAUUCGAUCCUCGUCCUCCUUUGUUUGUUCUUGAUUUUGAAAGCUUUUGGUGAGAAACGUUAUGACUCACACUUGCGUCCUUCCUCGAUCACUUCUGCUUCGAGUCCUUCUUCUGCAAAUCGUCGAGGGAAUGGACAAUUCCUCGGCGAUGGAAAUUAUCCAGGCCCAAAUACAUCAGUAAGUGGUUACAGUCAGCCUGGUCCUAGGGUUGGAGAGUUUUACAGUCAUCCGUAUGAAACCCACAAUGUCGACGACCCCACCAGCUUAUCCCUCGUCUAUCCUCCGAAAAGAGGCUACACGCUUGAAAUGGAUUCACCCGAUACUGCUUAUGCAGGUCCCAAAGACAAAGAACCUACCAAACCACGUCCUGUUUUUGAAUCCAACAUACAUCGUCUUUCAGAUCUGAGCCUAGGUGCAAAGUUUGGAGCUUAG